AUGAUCUUCGGAAAUUCCAGAUUUGAAGGUAGCGACGUAACAUGCUGCCAGCGAACAAAAGUAGGAAUUUUUGUGGUAAUCAAACGGAAUUAAAUCCAUAAAUUUUCCCGUCUCUUUGUAUUGUGGAAGAAGAAGUUCCGAACGGUGAUGAGAACAUCGACGCUAUUUCCGACGAUGUUCGUGACGAAAUUCAUCGUGAAAAUAUCGACGAAAACGUUAAAUUUAGCGAACGGGUUUUACAACUUCAUCGUGAAGGAAAAUUGACCGAACAGGAAGCUAGGGAACUCGUAGGAAUUACCGUACCCAAAGGAGAACCAGAAGAAAAAAUAAAAUUCUUAAAGAUCGAACGACAAAGACACGAACAAAAUUUACAGACCGAAUCCGAUCCAUCAAAGAAAGAAAUUUUACGAGAAGCUAUAGAAAUUAUCGACCAAAAUAUCGACGAUGCGAAAUUACAAAUGCGACAACGUCCCGAAUCCGAAGAAGGAAUUCACCGCAUUCGCGAAAAAGUACGCGACGACGUACGAACGAGAUUUGAAAAAUUUAAAGUAUGGGCCAAAGAAAAUCUAGGAGUCUUAUCAGCCAUCACCAUAUCCAUUGCAGGUAUCAUUACGACCGUUUUCGUCGCCGGAAAAAGACGUUGGUCGGCACCGCGAAAGGAUUGGGAGAAGUUGGAAAAGCGUUGGCCAAAGUAG